AUAAGAUCGGACGCAAUAAAGACGAGAUCCAGAAGAUAAUCAAAGACGCGUCUGACUCCGUAAGUCUUCACCCGGGAUCCAUAAAAUGAGGGCUGGCUGACGAACUGAACUACUGCUAGAUCCGCCAGCAAUCUUUCAUGACCAAAGCAGAAUUGAAAGCUCAAGAGACAAACCGACUGAGGGACAAAUUGACGGAAUCGCUCGUUAAUAAUAAAGAAAAUAAAGCCAGGGAAACAGCGGACCAACUCGCAAGAUUGACAGGCGAGAAGGUGUCUGAUAUCCUCACAGAUCUUGCCCUCCCAACCCAAGUAAGCUCCCCACCUUCUCUCUCCCUCCAUCCUUCCUUCCAUCUAACCCGAGCCACUUCCCAGAACAAAACCCCCAAACCAAAAGGAUCUCGUCAAAUGCCCUCCCACCCCGCUCCCCCCAAAACCACAUCCUCAUCCCGUCUCAACCCCGCCACGAAACCUUUCAUCCCCACCCAGCCAGCCGCCAUGAAUCCCAAACCGCGCAAGGGAGCAACGCCAUAUAACCGCGAAGGCGCGAUCGUCGGCGGUUCAGCCCCGGCUCUCAGCACGAGCAGCAAAGGACAUAAAAUGCUGGAGAAGAUGGGGUGGACGGCAGGCUCGGGAUUAGGUAGGGAGGGGCGAGAGAUGGGGAGGUUGGAUCCCGUGGAGGUGGUGGUGAAGACUAGUAGGAUGGGGGUGGGGAUGAUGCAGAAUGUGGGGGGAGAUGCACCUUUGGUGGGCAAUGGUUCUUGGGAGGAUGCUGGGAUUGGGGGAGUAGAUGCUGGAGCUGGUUCUUGGGGGUGGAACGAUGGGGUGAAAAGUGCUGAUGGUGAUGGCGGGGUUGGUUGGAUGACGGCGGAGGAGUGGAAACAGUUGUGGAGUGGAGCUAAUGGUCUUUGAAUGAAGAUGAGUUGGUAGGGGUAGGAAGGGAGGGAAGGGGGGAGG